AAUUAUUGCAGUUUCUAAUAAAAGACUGCUUAGAACCACAGCUUAUCGAGACCAACAAAAACAAGAUCAUAUAUCACCAGACAGACCGGGUCCGAAAGAUGAAAAUCCACAAGGAACAGGUCCUACCCGUGAAAAACCAAUGACUGAAGGUCAUGCUGUUAAUAAGGCCAAGGGAGCUUUAGGCAUGAUGAAAGAUACUGCCACCAAUGCUACCGAGAAGGUCAAAGAUGUUUUUACACGUAUGGCUGCAUCUAACGCUUUGGAUGUUCAAGCUGAAGAUGUGACCAAAGGACUUAAA